AUGGGUUCUGUAAGGACGCGUGUGAAGUUUCCGCUGCAGCGGCUGUUGCUGCUGCAGCACUACUUGCUGCUGCUGCUGUUGCUGCUGGUAUCUUGGGUCCUAUCCACAGCAACAGAAGCAGCAGCAGCAGCGGCAGAAGGAGCAGCAGCAGCAGCAGCAGAAGGUUUAAGGGAAGUUCUGGGGUUAGAGACAGAUGAAGAAUCAAUAUUUCUUAGUGAUGAGUUAGAAGACGUGCUGCCAGACAGCAGCAGCAGCAGCAGCAGCAGCAGCAGCAGCGAUGAGUUUGCGGAGUAUGAGGAAGAUGAAGAGGGCGAAUUUGAGGAGGAUGAAGACGACGAAGAAAUCAGCAGCAGCAGCAGCAGCAGCAGCAGCAGCAGCAGCAGCAGCAGCAGCAGCAGCACCGAGGAAUGGCUAGAAGAAAUUGAAGACGCUCUCUCUAAGGGGGCUACACACCGUAUAUAUUAUACUUCAGAAGAAGACAGUUUAUAUAAGACAGACGUAGCAGACAGCCAGUUGCUACUGCUGCUGCAGCAGCUAAAACCCAAGCUGCUGCACAAGUGGCAGCAGCAGCAAAAGCAGCAGCAACCGCAACAGCAACAAAAACCACAGCAGCAGCAGCAGCAGCAGCAGCAGCAGCAGCAGCAGCAGCAGCAGGAGGAAGACGACUCUGCUGAAGCACGCUGGGAGGAGCUGGAGAAGGAAGUGCUGCUGCGGGCUGCGCUGCACAAGCGAGACAAUUAUCCUCAAUCUUUUUUUGCUGCUCUCACGGACGGAGACGAAGCAAAGAGCGGUGCCCUGCUGACGCCGCUGCAGCAGCACGAACUCCUUGAGCAGGAAGCGCUGCACCGAGAGAGACAGCUGGUGCGGGCCUUGGUUGUCGAUCUGCUUCGGAAGAAGGAAAACGGAGGCAGCAGCAGCAGCAGCAGCAGCAGCAGCAGCAGCUCUAAUAGCAGCAGCAGCAGUAGUACCACGAGCAGCAGCAGCGGCAGUAGCGGUGGCAGGAGCAGUAACAGCAGCCACAGCAGAAGCAGCAGCAGCAGCAGCAAAACAAGCAGUAGCACGCAAGAGCCUUCAGCGGUUGUGCAUUCCUUUGCUGCGCCAGCCGUGAACUCAAGUGCUGCAGCAGCAGUAGAAGCAGCAGCAGCAGCAGUAGCAGCAGCAGAAGCAGCAGCAGAAGCAGCAGAAGCCGCGAGUGUGCUCGCAUCGAGUGCACUGGCAGCAGCAAGAGGGUCUCCCCCUGCUGCCGCUGCUGCUGAUGGCUUGCUGCCCUCUCCGAGUGCUGCAGGCUCACCUGCUGCUGCUGCUGCUGCUGCUGCUGCUGAGUGGUCAGCCACAACAGCAGCAGCAGUAACACAUACACCUUCGGCUGCAACUGCUGCAGCUCUUCAAGAGGGCGGCAGUGGAAAGGACAGCAACAGCAGCAGCAGCAGCAGCAGCAGCGACAGCAGCAACGAGGCAAGCAACAACAGCAGCAACAGCAACAGCAGCAGCAGCAACAGCAGCAGCAGCAGCAGCAGCAAGAAGAGGCGCCGCCGCGAUCCCUUGCUGCUGUUCGUACCGGAAGAUGUCCUUGACUUUGCUGCUCUUUUUGCUUCUGGGAGACUGCCGCUGCUAGAAGAAAGCCAAAGCAUACGCAGCAGCAGCAGCAGCAGCAGCAGCAGCAGCAGCAAGGCCAGCGAAGCAACGACUGGAGAAGAUGCUGCAUUUGCUGCUGCUCGUGCUGCAGCAGCAGAAAGAGAAGGUGUGGGGCGCCUCGUGCGCAGCUUUGGAGAUGCCUAUUACUAUUUGCGGCUGCUGCUGCAGCUGCCGCUUCCGAAGCAGCAGCAGCAGCAACAGAAGCAGCAGCAGCAGCAGCAGCAGCAAAAAGGGGUUCCUGAAGAAGAUUCAAUAUCACUGCUGCUGCCAGAGCCUAUAUUUCCUGUCCCUGUGCAUGGUGCUGCAGUAUCUAAGCAGCUGCAGCAGCUGCCGCAGCGGCAGCAGCAAGAGCUGCAGGCAGCAGCAGUAGGGGUUGUUGCUUUCUUGUCUCUCUUUGGUGUUGCUGACAGCAAAGGAAGGCUGCUGCUGCCUGAAGGCUGGCCUCGUGAUGUCUCUCUUGCACUUAAAGCAGUUGCUGCUGGAAGGAGAACGAAACCCCCUGCUGCUCUCUGUCUCCUUCUAGAUGGUUUUCUUACUGCCAUAGGGUUUCCUGCUGCAGUCGUUGCAGCAGACGUGUGGGGGGUGCAGCAAAACGCUUGGAGUUUCACCUUCUUUCUGUCUGCUGCAGAAGAGGCAGCAGCAGCAGCAGCAGCAGCAACAACAGCAGCACCCCCACCUCUUGGAGGCCCCUUCGAUGUCCCUUUUACGCAAACCGCAGCAUUUCAGCAGCAGAAGGAGCGCCUUCUUAAAAACAGGACCGACAUCCCCCUAACAAAAUAUUUAUUUGCUGCUGCAGCAGGAGAGACAUUAGGCUCUCUUGCUGCUGCUUUUUAUUUGCAUAGCGGCCGUGCUGCUUCAUCUCUGCUUGCAGGAGCAGCAGAGCGAACCUUCUGGGCGCAGCACGUCCCUCCUGCUGGUGCUGCUGCUGCUUCUACUCCUGCUGCUGCUGCAGCAGCAGCUGCUGCUGCUGGCAUGGAGGGCUUUAGCUUUACUAUGGGGAGGGACUCAGCAGUUCUUGCAGCAAAUCAUCGGAUGCCUCAACCAACAGAAAAAGAAAAAGAAGAGAGCUUCCUUGUUGCGCUGCAGCGACUUGGAAGCGAGGGUUCUGGCGACUGCAGCGCUGCGCUGCGUCACUUGCUGCCUGCUGCAGCAUCGGCAUUGGAGCAGCAGCAGGAGCAGCAGCAGCAGCAGCACGGGCAUUUAUCUCAGGUUGCUCCUUCAUUCUUUCUUCGGUCAGCUGGCGAGGAGACAGCAUUCUCAUUUGUCUCUUCAAGCUCAUCUGACAGGCAUAUACUGUCUCCGAGGUUGCUUUCUUUAUCUGAGCUGCUGCAGCAGCUAGCUGCUGCUGAACCCGUUGCUGCAGGGAUGCCCCCACAGGGAGUGCAGCAGCAAAGCAGCAGAGAUUAUGCUGUCUUGGUGCAUGCAGUAGCUGAAGAAGGAGAGCCAGAAGGCCUCGCAGCUUUAGCAGACCUUUACCUCCAUGGAAACCCAGAGGCGGGUAUUCCUAGGGAUAGGCGUCGGGCUCUGGAGUUGCUGCAGCAGGCAGCAGAAAGAGGAGACGCAAAUGCUGCACUUGCAGCAGCUCAUUUGCUGCUGGAGGAACGCCCUGCUGCACCAGCAGCAGGAGCAGCGGCAGGAGCAGCAGCAGGAGGUGCACGCCAGCAGCAGGCAGGAGCAGCAGCAGCUGGCGGCCGUGCUGCUGCUGCGGGCGCUCCUGGUGCUCCUCCUCCUGCUGCUGCUGCUGCUGCUGCAAGGGAUGCAGCGGGAGCUGCAGUAGGAGGAGCAGCAGAAGCAGGAGGGGGAGCAGCAGCAGCAGCAGCAGGAGCAGCAACAGGGCUUCAGGUAGGACUGAGCGAGGCUCUCCGAACUGCAGCAGACUUAGGCGACAGCAACGCGCAGGUGUUAUAUGCUGCUGCUCACCUUGCUGCUUUAGGCCCCAAUUCAGCAGCAGCAGCAGCAGCAGCAGCAGGGGGCUCCUCAUCAUCUCCACCGGACAACCCAGAAGCAGCAGCAGCAGCAGCAGCAGCAGCAGAAGCUGCAGCAGCAGGGGGACGAGGUGCAGUGGUAGCAGCAGCAAACGUUACAGAAGCACUUGUCUACUUCGCAAGUGCUGCUGCGGCAGGCAACCCUCAAGCUCUAUAUACUUCUGGCUUGCUGCUGCUGCAGGGGGCAUCGCCUCUACACAAGUCGACGAAGGAGAGAUGUAGCAUUUCGUUUAAUGUGUUAAGAAAGGUAGCUCAGCUUCACCCGCGCAUUAAUUUGCUGCACGCGCUGUCUCUGCAUGCAUACAGAGCAGGAGACAUAUCUGGAGCUUUGCUGCUGCUGCUGCUGCUGUCUGAAGUUGGUGAUGUUGCUGCACAUGUCUCAGCUGCAGCACUCUGGGGCACAGCAGCAGCGCAGCAUCAGCAGCGGCAGCAAGCAGAGCAGCAACUCAUGCAGAGCCUGCUACAGGCAGACCUUGCUGUUGCUGCUGCUGCUGCUGCUGCUACUCCUGCUCCUGGGGAGCCUGCUGCUGGAGCUCCAGGCAGCACAGCAGCAGCAACAACAGCUGCUGCAGCAGACGCCGCAGGCGCUGCAGGUAGCCAGCAACCGGCAGGGCAAGAAGACAUAUCACAGCAGCAACAGCAGCAGCAGCAGCAGCAGCAGCAGGUGCAUUUAGACGACAAUGGUGCAGCUGCAGCAGCAGCAGCAGCAGCAGCAGCAGCCGAAUCUGAUGAGGUGCAGCAGCUGCUGCUGGCACGCUAUAGGGACCCUUCUAUCGGUUUAUUAGAGGCAGCAAACGCAGCAGGAAUGCCUGCAGCAACAGCAGCAACUGCAGCAGCAGCAGCAGCAGCAGUAGAAGAGCGCGUUGCAGCAGCAGGAGCAAACUGUUUGCUGCCGUCUCGCGUGUCUCCUGCUGCAGUAGCAGGGGCACAGCAACAGCAUGCAGCAGGAGAUGCUGCGGUGUAUAGGCAGGUGAUGUAUGACAGUGAGAAGGCGUGCAGCGUAGCUGCUGCUGCUGCACCUUCUGCUGCUGCACCUGCUGCUGCUGCUGCUAUUGCUGCUCGGCAGCAGCUGCAGCAUUUAAGAGUCUCUGAGUUUAUUCGUUGCUGGCUGUCUCCGCCUGUGGGGCUCUUCGUGUCUCCAAACAGCAGCAACGCACUCCCCUGCCAGUUUGCUGCAGUCAGAAGAGCAGCAAUACAAGGAGAUGCUGCUUCAAUGGUGAAGCUGGCGGAGAUGUACGCAGCAUCAGCAGCAGAUGCUGCUGCUGCAGUUAAGGAAGCUGCUGCUGCUGAAGCAGAAGCAAAAGCAGCAGAGGCUGUUUCGAGUUCAACGGAGCAGCAGCAGCAGCAGCAUCAGGGGAGCCUUGCGCUGCCGCAUACAGA